AUGAAAGACCCCCGUGUCCAAGAUCUUUACGAGAACAAGCAUAACAAGUUCGAUCUGGUUAUGCUCGGUUACUUCUUUAAUAGCUUUCAGCUAGGCAUAGCUCAGAAGCUAAAGGUGCCUGUUGUAAUAGCGACCUCAAUGUUCCAAUCGGAAAUAUUCGAUAUCAUGUUAGGCAAUAUCCAAGCACAAGCCUAUGUUCCAACAGUGUCUGUUUCCGUCGAAAAAGGGCGAGCAAUGACUUUUGCACAACGAUUGACCAAUUUAAUUACACUUGGUGCGUUUAAAACGUAUAUGUAUCUUACCGAAAAAGAUAAUGUAGAGGCUUACGACGAGCUCUAUGGAAGCGAUCCGGCCAUGCCAAAAUAUGAGGAUCUAAACAAAAAUGUAUCGCUUAUAUUCUUCAAUUCCCAUGCCCUUAGUGAAGGUCCCAUUAGACCCAAUUUUCCAGGUGCCAUAGGAGGAGGAAUACAAAUCAAGGAAAAGCCCGAUCCCUUGUCCAAAGAAAUUGACAAUUUCUUACAGAAUGCUACAGAUGGUGCAAUCCUUCUGAGCCUGGGCUCCAAUGUAAAGGGAGCCUUUUUAAAGGCCGACAUAGUCCAAAACAUGUUCAAUGUUUUAUCCAAACUAAAACAGAGAGUUAUUUGGAAAUGGGAAAAUCUGGAUAAGACUCCUGGCAAAUCAGAAAAUAUACUAUACUCAAAAUGGUUACCACAAGAUGAUAUUCUAGCACAUCCCAAUAUCAGGCUCUUUAUAAAUCAUGCUGGAAGAGGAGGCAUCACAGAGUCUCAGUUUCAUGGAAAGCCCAUGCUCUCGCUUCCUGUGUUUGGAGAUCAGCCUGCCAAUGCUGAUAAAAUGGUCAAAGAUGGGUUCGGUCUAAGCAUGAGCUUAUUAACACUGGAGGAGCAGCCUUUUCAUGACAAUAUUAAAGAAGUUCUCGAGAAUCCCAAAUAUACGCAAAAUGUAAAAGCUUUUUCGAAGCUAUUCCGCGAUCGCCCAUUGACUGCGCGUCAGAGCGUGCUCUAUUGGACCGAGUAUGUUCUGAGACAUCAUGGAGCACCUCAUUUGCAAAGUCCCCUGGUUCACAUGGGCUUCAUAGCAGCCAAUAACUUGGAUGUUUACUCGUUGUUAUUGAGUUCCCUAAUUGUUAUUUUUUUAAUAAGCAAAGUAAUUGUAAAAAAUCUUUACAGAAAGCUGACAGGCAAUACAAAAAACGAAACUUUAUUCUCGUUGUUCCUCGUUGCCUUUCUUAUCAAUGUUUCGCUGAGUGCAAAUAUUCUCGCAGUAUUCAGCUGUGCAGCUCCCUCGCAUUUAAUUGUGGAAAUUUCAAUGGCCAAGGUGCUGGCCGAGAAUGGACACAAUGUGACGGUGAUCACAACUCUGAAGCCGCAUGUUUCUCACAAAAACAUAAACCUGAUUUACAUACCACUUAGCAAGGAGGAGCAGCAAUCACGGGACUCUCUCCUGGCCGGCAUGGUUGAGAGAGACAAUUCCAACAUGCUUGUAACAGUGUUUCGCAUCCGAAAAGAAUCGUUGUUUUUAUUUAACAAAAACCGUAAUGUGAUGAAAGAUCCCCGUGUCCAGGAUCUCUACAAGAAUAAGGAUAACAAGUUUGAUCUGGUUAUGCUCGGUUACUACCUUAACAGCUUUCAGAUAGGCAUAGCUCAGAAACUCAAAGUGCCUGUAGUAAUAGCGACGUCGUUAUUCCAAUCAAGCAUAUUCAAUAUUUUCUUGGGUGAUAUAGGCAAACAAGCCUAUGUUCCAUCCAUGUUUAUUUCCGUCGAAAAGGGUCGAACGAUGACUUUUGCACAAAGAUUAAUCAAUUACCUUUCACUCAGCGCCCUUAAGAUGAAUAUGUAUCUUACGGAAAAAGAUAAUGCAGAAGCUUAUAACGAGCUCUAUGGAAGCGAUCCGGCCAUGCCAAAAUAUGAGGAUCUAAACAAAAAUGUAUCGCUUAUAUUCUUCAAUUCUCAUGCCCUUAGUGAGGGCCCCAUUAGCCCCAGUUUUCCGGGGGCCAUAGAUGUAGGGGGAAUACAAAUCAAGGAAAAGCCCGAUCCUUUGCCCAGAGAAUUACAAGAUUUUAUAGAAAAUGCUACACAUGGUGUUAUCCUCUUAAGCCUGGGCACGCAUGUAAAGGGAACCUUUUUGAAGAGCGAUACAGUCAGCAGGAUGUUCAAUGUGCUGUCCAAACUAGAACAGAGAGUCAUUUGGAAAUGGGAAAAUCUAGAUAAGAUUCCUGGCAAAUCAGAAAAUAUACUAUACUUAAAAUGGUUACCACAGGAUGAUAUUCUAGCACAUCCCAAUAUCAGGCUCUUUAUAAAUCAUGCUGGAAGAGGCGGCAUAACCGAGUCUCAGUUUCAUGGAAAACCCAUGCUCUCGCUUCCUGUGUUUGGAGAUCAACCUGCCAAUGCUGAUAAAAUGGUCAAAGAUGGGUUUGGUCUAAGCAUGAGCUUAUUAACACUGGAGGAGCAAUCUUUUCAUGACAAAAUUAUAGAAGUUCUCGAGAAUCCGAAAUAUACGCAAAAAGUAAAAGCUUUUUCGAAGCUAUUCCGAGAUCGCCCAUUGACUGCGCGUCAGAGCGUGCUCUAUUGGACCGAGUAUGUUCUGAGACAUCAUGGAGCACCUCAUUUGCAAAGUCCCCUGGUUCACAUGGGCUUCAUAGCAGCCAAUAACUUGGAUGUUUAUGCAUUGCUAAUAAGUUUAUUAAUUGUUUUUUUAUUUAUAAGUAAAGUAGUAUUAAAGAGUCUAUACAGAAAACUUAACGUCUUGGCCGCCAGAAAAGAAUUUGUUGGAAAGGCCAAGAAAUUAAAGACUAAAUAA